CAUAUCUCUGAAGAGUACAAGUGCCAAAUUAUCUCAUAACAAGUCACCCUCCGUCGGGGCAUUGAUGGGUCAUGGAGAGCGGCAUAAUUCCAACACUGUCAGACUUCUACCUGUCUGAGGAACGGGGAUUCUUGCCUGCAGAAGACCCACUGGAGUCCCUUCCUCCUUACUUCAGCCCAUGGGUGGAGCUGGCCAGGGAUUCACCCAAGUUACUCCAACAACAACAGCUGAGAGAGUGUGUACACAAGCUCCCUCUCCUUGACCACACCCGGCUACAGGGUCCCCUGGAGUGGCACCUGGCCCACCUGUUGCUCAGCACCAUCGGCCACGCCUACGUGUGGCAGGCGGGGGAGGCAGGUGUACCAGACUUCCUGCCCCGCAGCGUCGCUGUUCCCUGGUACCAUGUGUCGGAGCACCUCGGGGUUCCACCAAUCAUCUCUCACCAUUGUGUCAGCCUGGCCAAUUGGAAGAAGAAGGAUCCCAAGGGGCCGCUAGAGCUGGACAAUCUUCAAUUACUCUUCUGCAUCACCUGUCCUCGAGACUUCUCCUGGUUUGCCUUGAUACCCCUUCAAAUAGAGAUUGACUUUAUCGCAGCUUUACCUCUGGUUUUAGAGGCACAGAAAGGGGUACUUGAAGGCAAUUCCAAGUCAACCAGAGAUGCUCUCACUGCCAUUAUACCUGUACUGAAGAAAAUGAAGCAGACGUUAGGUAGAAUGAAGGAGCAGUGUGACACGGAAGUGUUCUACAACCAGCUGCGGUACUUCCUGUCAGGCUGGAAGGACAACCCCGCCCUCCCCCGUGGGUUGAUCUACGAGGGUGUUAGGGACGAACCGUUCCAGCUUUCUGGGGGAAGUGCUGCCCAAGUCGCAACAAUACAAUGCCUGGAUGAGUUUCUCGGAAUCAAACAUAAUGGCAGAGAAGGUGCCUUCCUGAUGAGGAUGAGGGACCACAUGCUACCGGCUCACAGGAACUUCAUAGCUGAUGUGGGCAAGGGUCCGUCCGUACGCAACUUUGUGUCAAACACUGAUGAUCAGGAGUUGAGGACUGCAUAUAAUACCUGCGUGUCCACACUCAGAGACUUCCGCUCACUGCAUAUUAGUAUCAUUGCAAGCUACAUUGUCAUCCCUUCCAAGAGAGCCAAGGGGCACAAGGUUGAAGGAUUAGCAAAUGUUGGCACGGGUGGAACAGGUAUCAUGACGUUCCUGAAGAGUGUACGAGACACCACAACUGCUGCUCUCCUGCCGGAUGUGUCUGGCACCUGAUUGGUCACCGACAUUGUAGCCUGACUAAAUCAAGCUUCUAGCAGCCCUUUGACCGAUCAGGCCUCUAGAAGGACCCGAUAAGCCCCCGGCAGAAAGGGAUUGUGCCAAAGAGGCUACCAACAGUGGGGAAGGAACUAAUUAUCCCGUCAUAUGUUGGUAGUUCCUACCUCAGAUUACAAAUGAACUGUAAGGCCAGAUCUUUUUACAAAUAGAAUGUACAUGUAUAUUUUCAUAAAAUGAAGAGAUAAAUUAUCAAUGAAGAGAUUAUUUUGACUUGAUCUUUAAUGUGAUGUUUUUAAACUUUUAAAUUUCUAUGUGUAGACUGCUGCUCUAAUUUCAAUUAGCAACAUAACGAGAUUCAUUUGCUCAAGACAACUGUUGAAGAAAAAUGUGUUCUAUCUUUAUUACAAAGUUUCAAACUGCUGUACAGAACAUUUUAUUUACAGCAUGACUGAUAGCAUCAAAUCCUUGAAGUAAAUUAUACAGAACAUUCAACAAAUCUAUGGAAGGGAACAUCCAUACAUUGUACCUUACAUCAAUUAAUUUGUUCUUAUAUCUGCAAUACAAUGCUUUAUACAUUGUGGAUUCAACUACAACUGUUGAAAAUGUUGUGAAUUCACCCCACAAAAACUCCUAUUUGUCAAUCUGACCAAGAAAGAAAUAAAAAA